GCCCUUUUGCACAGAGAAGAAACCUUCAUUACAGUAUUCCCCAAACACGUUCGAAAACGACAUCAAAACUCCCAACACAACCAUGACCAAAGACGUGAUACAAAUCAUCACAUCAUGCAACUGCAACAAAGUCCACCACACCUUUUCCAUCCCCACCUCUACCCUUCCCCUCCCUGCCAUUCUCUGCAAUUGCAAUUCCGCACGUCAUAUUUCUGGAGCUUUGUUUACUUCUUAUAUCUUAUUGACAGGAUAUGAUAGUUUUGGGGUGGUGGGAUGUGAUGGGUUGGAGAUGGUGGUGUAUGGAAGUGAAGAUGGGGGUGUCAAGAGAUGGUUUUGUGGAGAUUGUGGUUCGCAUGUGUAUCGUGAAGACCAUGGGGGUGGGGGGUUGGGGGUUGCUAGUGGGGUUGUGAAAUGGGAGGGAGUGGAGGGUGUGGAAAAAGAGUUGAUAGAGUGGAUGGUAUGCGAUAAAUGGUAUGAAGAGGAAAAAGACACAUUUCUCACGCGUAUCGAUGGCGAGAAGUUGGAAAUUCGACGCAAGAAGGAUAAACUUCCAUCACACCUCGAUACCAUAACCUCGACAAACACCAAGGCCCCAAAGAAAACGACCGAGAGCACGUCGGAAACAGUACAAGCGCAUUGCCACUGCAAGGGUGUAAAUUUCUACAUCACACCCCCCAACAUUUCCUCAUCAACUUCCGCUCGCUCCCCAUAUCCAGACCUCAUGGUUCCAGCACAUACAGGAGGAAACCCAAACGUCGGCAAUAAACCAUGGUGGUUACCUUCUCCAACCAGAUAUCUAGCAGGCACAUGUACUUGCCCUUCCUGCCGUGCAUCCUCUGGUUUCGACAUCACAUUCUGGUCAUUCAUCCCCACUUGCAAUAUCUUCCUCGACACCACCUUAACCACCCCAUUCACCACCACUCAGACUUGGGGAAGUUUGAAAACUCAUUCUUCCAGUAAAGGUGUGACAAGAGGCUUUUGUGGUAUUUGUGGGGCUAAUGUGUUUUGGGCUGGGAGUAAGGAUAUUCAAGGGAGGGAAGGGUUGAUUGAUAUUGCUGUGGGGUUGAUUGGGGGUGAAGGGGUAGAGAGGAUGUUGGCUUGGUGGACUGGGAGGGUGAGUUUUGCUGAGGAGGCUGGGGAUGGGAAGUUGGUUAGAGGGUUGGAGGAUGGGUUGAGAGAGUGGGCGGUGGUGAAUAGGGGGAGUGGUAGGAUGGCUAGGCAUGAGUUUGAGGUUUAGUGAUGGAGGUGCUCAUGUAACAUGGGAUGUUCACUUUCUGUCGAGUUGGCAGGGUCUUGUGCAAUUGUUGAUGUGGUGA